AUAAGGGCAAAGGUCAACUUCAGCCUCCGAAGCCAUUUUAGAUUUUACAUCAUGGAUUACGAGAUAAAAUAGAAGCAGGUGGCUUUUUAAAUGCUUUGUGGGGUAUUUUGAAACAUGCCGAAACGGAAAAAUCACCCUGCAGAUGACUCAGAUGGCGAUCAGACGAUCCCUCUCCCAAUACAGUCGUUUUUCUGGCGACAAACAAGUCCUUUCAUAAGGCCAAAACUAGGAAAACUAUGUGAAGCUGCUUGUGUGUCCUUGGAGAGAGUGGUGGUUCAGAAUAUUCUACAUGGCCUGUCCCCCAGUCUCUGUGAAGCUAUACAGAGCGUGCCCAGAUGGAAGGUCAUCCAGGCAGCCUUUCCUCAUGUCAUGCAUGCAUGUGCAGCUCUUAUUCAGCAAUGCAAGCAGAGUGAUAAGGACACUGCCUUUGGUCCAAGUGAAGUAAAACUGCUGUAUAUUCUACACUGGAUUAUCCUUGAUGCUGCCUCAGAGUGUGAAGAUUUGGAGACGGACCCCUCUAGGAGUAGCGUCCCAGUACAGCUGCACUCACUGUGUACUGUCCAGCUCUUGGUCUACCUUCUAGCCCCAGUGAUACACCUGCUGAGGGACUCAGAUUUCCAGACUCUGAAGCUUGAGAAUGGUCUCCGAUUUUGGCAGCCAUUAUGGGAUUUCAGACAGCCAGAUAUACCAUGUUUCUCCACUCCUGUCAAACCACAGAGAAACAUACUCAAAGCUCAGCGAAAUUUGCUCAAGGUCAACACCAAUGCUGCGAAUAUCUAUGUCGGUAAAGGCACAUCUAGGGAAAAUCUUAACUUCUUAGCCGAGCCAUCAACGGCCAGUCGCAAGUCCAGCUUCAAUGAUCAGCACUCUAUACAUGCUCCUCUGGCAAGAAUGAGUGAUAUUUGUCCUAUGUCUACUGCAGAUUCACACUCUGUAAACAUGGAGGUGUUAUGUGAGCAUUGUAACAAUGUCAUAUCUAGCAGAGAAUCGGAGGAGAAGCAUUGUCAGUGCAAGAGAAAAGAAAGCACAGAGACCUUUGAACCCCACUUGUUUAACUUCCAGAUGUUACCCUCCUCUGUGGAUGAGGAGUUGGUGAAGCAGAGAUUGGCCAGUGCUGUCACGAGUGGAAUCAGAGGACCCACGGCUCCAGACAUACUGAGUGCCAGCUACUUUGACAUUGCUGUCUUACGCUGUCUAUUCAGCCUGCAUUGGUCUGAAGACGGGGUUUACUGGGCUCUGAAGUAUGUUCACCAGAGACUGCUGGAAGUUUGUGAUGAGUACGUCAGAAGGGAUUAUUCCGAGCGAGAGAGAAGUCAUUCACUGCCGUUCCAAGAUUUUAAGCUCUUAAGAAGUCAGAGUAUCCCAUCACAUGGAAUAGAAAAAUCUAUUGGAAAAUUAAAGAGUGGCCUAAAGAAGCCUUCCUCUAGACUUGAAACAAUUCCAAGUGCCGGGGAAAUUUCUCCAUUGCUGGAGCAUAAGUUGCGGUCAAAUCAGGAGUCAGAUGCUGCUACUGACCAUGCAUCAAAGAAAAUCAAAACUUCUGGUGCAGAAGAAAAUAAAAGCCAGAAUGCCAAAGAAAUGAAACCCUUAUUUUAUCUCUCUGGGUCUCCCACCAAAGAGGACAGUCACCACAGCCAGCUGACCAAUGAAUUCCUGAACUUUGAAAAAAUGAGAAAGAAAGGACUGAGGUAUAAUGACAGAAUUUAUGAACAAUAUCUGACAAAGAGAGAUGACUCUUCAAGUACAGCUGCACCAACUACACAGGACUCGGAUCAGGACCCCAGUAGUAAGGGCCAGAAAACUGUGUCAUUCCCACCCUUUCUCACCAAAAGGGAGACAACUGAAGCUAAACCGAAGCAUUUAGGUUCUGACCGGGAUUCGUUGAUGACGAGUAGUCACAGUUCUUCGUCUUCACAGUUGGGUGAUUCCAGCCAUGCAGAGACUCGGACGGGUACAGAGGGCCGGUCAGAUGUCAUGUCAUCUGAGGACGAGAAGCAGAAACCAAUGAUAAUGGUCACAGAACAUAAUGUCUGGGAUCGACAGAGGAUCAGGAACACAAUCAGUAAACCCACAGAAACUGCCAAUGGAAUCAGGGACAGGAAAGGGGAUAUAUUUGAGAGGAAUAGUGCCAACUGGUUAAAAGACAAUGCUCAGAGAGAUAAAGUCUCAGCUAUGUUUUUCAUAGAUGAGCUGCCUCAGAAUCAAAAGAAUGAGAAAGAGAAUUCCCUUCCUCGCAGUAUGACUGACUCGGACAUUAACUACAGCCACGUGGAGGAGGUCCAUGAGGUGCCAGGGUCUGUCCAUUAUAUACAGGACAAUGGUCACCUCAACUACAAAGUCAUACUACAGGCCAUUCACUUUAAUGCCCUAAACCAAGCCACACCGAGAGUGUGUGAGGUUCUGUUGAACAUCAUCAAUUGUCUGCUGGACCUGGACAUUGUAGAGAGGAAGCAGGACGUCAAGGUACCGGACUCUCCGGAGAGCAAGAAGACGGAGGAGGACAGUACGAAAAGUACGACGUCCGACUCCUCACAGGAGCAGUCCGCCCAUGGACUCGCCAUGGACAGCUUGUUCAGCAUUUUUAAAGCUCUUGGCUGUCCUAAUGGUUGUGGAGAUGGUUUAAGGGGUAGUUAUGGUGACCACUUAAGGUUAAAAGGUCACAAGUGUCUACAGAGACUACAGCAGAUCAACUCAGUGUUGUUCAGAGUUUACCUGAAGGAGACGGUGGAGCGAUGCUCAAUACAGGAGACUGUCGACUUCUUACACGCACUGCUGGGCUUCUGCUCAGAUCCCACACUGAUUCUCCAGCAAGGCCAAGGUCAAGAAAGGAAGAGGUCCUGUACCCAGCAGGACCCCCCAGUGAAUGGUUUCCAUAACAACUUUGGUCACAGUAUAGGAGGAGUGGGCUAUAGAGGGGAGGAGGGUGUACUUAUUGCCAACAUCCUGAAACCCUUUGUCUCCAAGUGUGUGGACAAUGCGAGGGAACUGUAUGGAAGUGACAAUAUAUGCUUGUUCUGUGAUAUUCGUCAGUUAAUGACUUACGUUAAAGAGAUCCAUGGAGGAACAUUCAGGCGGGUGGAACUGAGUGGAUUGUUAGAUUCUACAAUGAAACUGAAAAAGCAGGAAAAGGAAUCCAAAGUCAGAUCAUCAAUAGGGAUCAGGAGAACAACAUCCCAGACAUCUGAGAGUGGAGAUGAUAUCGGGAAAACCUCGACAACACCUAAUGAAGAUCCUCCCAGUCGAACUAAAGGAAGGAAAUCCCUAUUCAAAAAGAAGCUCAAAAAGUCCCUAGCUCUUCAGCCUUAUGCCACAGCCAGUGACUCAGAACUCCUGGAGGAUUCUAAGAACAAGAAUGCCACGACGGAUGACGAGUCGGUACCUAACACCUCCAGUACUGGAAGGAGACGAUUCAGCAGGUUCCAUUUAGGAUUUAGGCGUCCCAUGAAACCUGACCAUGAAGAAGAGGCCAUGAGUGACCCCCCACCACUAGAUAGGAGGGAGAGUAAAACUGAUCUACAGGCCCCCCGCAUGAAGUCUAAGAUGUCCUUCAAGACGGCCAGCCAGGCCACCAUUACUUUCCUCAGCGCCAGGAAGAGAAUCGAGGGGGGACUUAAAAGUCUGGGCAAGCGGAUGAGUAAGAGAGGAAGUGUGGACGAUUGGAAGCAGAAAGAGAUCGCCCAGGUGGAGGACGCUGAGAACGACUCGAUCCUCGUGAAGGAGAAAAAGUUGGUGGACAAGUUCCUCGUUAAGUCCGGCAUGCUGAGGUUUUCCUUCCUACUGGAGUGUGCCCCGCCUGGAGCUAUUCCUGACCCCCAGCUUGUGGCUGCCAUGUUAGAACUGGAGGCCCCAGUUGUUGCCAGGGCUGCAUUACUUCUGGAAUGUGCCCAUUUUAUACACCGCUGUAACCAUGGAGACUGGCCUAACUGGAUGAGACUCAAUCUGCCCAGUUUUCGACAGUCUACCUCGGCACUUCAGAAUCGUGGGCAGCCCUCUGGGUACCGACGGACUCUGGCUCUACAGAAAUCCGCAGGAAGGAUGUUCUAUAAAUGGGCAGAGAAUCUGGGGAGUAUGAUGGAGUACAUUUUAGCUAAAGAAUACAAAGAUCGGUUGAACAUAAUCAGUGACGUUCACAGUGAGUCCAGGAAGAGGGAGCUACGUAUCUCUGAUGAAGAGGAGGACUUCCUAGAUGAAGGCACUGUUAACGAGAAAGGGUCAGAGUGUCCAUAUGCACUGAAAAUGGCUGCCUGUCUGGUGCUUCAAGAGAUCACAACAUUUCUAAGAGAAACAUUCAGAGAUCUACCAAAAGGCCGCGGUGCCAGACAAGUGUGGGACCGCCCAACCAGCACAACUAGGAGGUGGAGCAGUAUUGUCAGCAGUCCAGGUCACUCCCAGAGUUCUGAGUCCAACAUGGCUGACAUUCCACAUUCAUCAUCAGCUGUGGUUGGGAGUCCCAGUGGAGACAACAGUAGGAAGAUAAGUUUUGCUGUCCUUGGUGAGAGGUCAGACUCACUACACAGUAGCACCACCUCCAUCUCCAUGAUGGUGGACCCUUCAGUAUCACCCAACCUCCACAGUGAGGAUAAAAAAGGGCGGAAAUUAGCUACCACUAGACCUAAGAUCAAACUUUUCAGGGGAGGAUCUGGAAACAAUUCCAGCUUUAGACUGAAAAAGGGCUUACAACAAAAGCAUGGAAGUAGUUUUAAGAGAUAUGGCAGUCAGAAGUCUCGUAAGGUGAGCAGUCAGUCGCAGUUCUCAGACCGGGGGCCUGAUGAGGACGUAGGGGUAGAGGACACGGAGUCCCUGCUAAGUGACGAGAACGAGGCCCCUGAUCACGACGAACCUAAUGAUGUCACUCUCUGUCACAACAUGCCGUGGAUCAAGGUUGUAGUGCAGCUUGCCAAUUUGUCAAACUUCAUCUGUCCUCACCAAAACUUCUGCCACCCAAACUGCUAUGAGCGCCAGAGAAGAUCAUGUUCCCGACUCAUCACAGCUCUGAAGAAGAUUUAUCAAUCCACGGAAAAUGAGGAGGAGGAGAAGAAACAGGAAACAAAGAAGGAUUUCCUCAAAGAGAGGCUCAAGAGGAGGGGAUCAAUUUUUCAACAAACUUCCCCUACUUGGAGAAGGGAGAGUACUCCGCUGUUAGAGAAAAUCAAGACAGAUGUCUCAAUGACUAAACUAAAGAUGACAUCAACGUGGAAGAAAGAGGACAAACCGAAGGAGAUCAAGGAAGACUCAGCAAUGAUUAAAUACAUUACAUCACAGGCUCAGAAGCUGACCCAGUGUCCCAUGGGAAUCGUGGCUAAAGCUGCCCCCAUUUUGUCGGAGGAGAAUCUGAUUGAUAUUAUUCCUGUGGCCUGGGAACUGAUUCUGGAGACCGAUCAGGAGCUGGCUGCCUCUGCUGCUUCAGUGUUUCUGCUGACCUCUGUGAAGUGCCCUGACAAAGCCCAGAAACUGAUUGUGAAAGAAAUGCAACAUGAAGAUACCACACAGAGAAUUAAUGCUAUCUUAAGAUUUGGAACAUUGUGGAAAUUUAGACAUCAAGUCUGGCCAAGAAUGGAAGAUGGAGCAAACAUGUUCUUUAAGGUGCCCCCUCCCAAUAUAGACUUCACCUUACCCUCUCCUACCAUAGGACUGCCCUCUCAGACCGUCGUGGACCCUCCCUGGACCCCCCACUUCAAGGCUAAGAUAGAAGAAGUUACUGUUAAUCAAGAGGGAACCAAAUCCUUAGUGACAGCCACAACAACCAGAAGAAAGGAGCAGCAGGAGAUGAUAAGGAAGGCUUUCCAGGCGGAGGAGGAACGUAAGAGGGUGGGGCGGGAGCGUUUCCCCAUGACGACCAUCCCUGUCAAUCAUCUGGCGGCGUACGAGCCGGCCAUUCACCACGGCAGUGAGGAGCAUGAGGAAGCUGUGAUGACAGAUGAACUUAGCAACCUGGCUGCACGGCGUGUAUCAAUGGCUCCCGUCAAUCGAGCUAACUUACAAAGUCGUAGCAUGUCAUGGAGGAAUGGUAGUGUCUAUUGGGCAAGGCUGGAAGGUGAGGAGGAGCGCCCGGAACAUCUGCAUCACAUGCAGCAGGCCCAGACCUUCUUUCCGUCCUGUAUCUGUGCCGCGGUACUCCCCGUUAUACACCUGCUGGCGGACGGAGACGUGAACAGUGAUGGUGUGUCUGUCAGUGAGGUGGCAGAGAAGGUGAUCUGGAAUUGUAUGGUGGAGGAUCCAGUGUUAUUUCUCAGACACUUCCUGGAGAAACUCACCCACAGGGAUAAACUGGAGGAAUUGCUUUUCUUGAUGAGGAAACUAGUGCUGCACUACAAAGAGCUACCAGCCCAGAUGGCACAUGCUCUGUUUAAUUAUCUGAUUGGGUAUGUGAUGUUCUAUGUGAGAUCACCUUGUGCUGGCAGUCAGGAGGCUAUAGCAGGUGCCCUGGCUCUGGUCUGGCAGGUUAUACCCAGUGUAGAUGGGAUUUAUUUUAAGGACUUAAAACAAACACUUAAAAAGGAACAAUGUGAUCCAUACAUUUUGAUCUCUGCUAACGUGCCGAGUGCUAAGAAGAUUCUGAUUCACGGCCCAGAUGAGGCCAGUAUUCCCUCACAGCUCCCUAUACACGAGGACACCCAGUUUUCUCAGAUUUUACAAGACAGCCUGGAUUUCUUCAAUAUUCCAGAGGAAGAUUAUCCACUGUACUUCUUAGUGGACACCAAGUCAAACCAAAUCCACAACCUGAACUCUUAUGUGAGGGACUUUUACUUUUUCCGUCGGAACUUUUAUCCUCAGCUUAGUUUGGUUGCAAUAGAUCCAGAUAAUGCCAUGGCUUCACUGGAGAGACAGGCCUUUACCCUGAAGUUUGUGGAAAUAGGAAAGAUUCUCUUCACAACCAAUGUCUUGAAAAGCACACCUCUACAUCAGAUUCAGAAUCAUGUUAGUUUCCUUCAUGAAGAACUGCUGAAGUUGCCAUCAUUUCCUAGGAAGGCAUUGGAAGCUGAGUUCAGUCUGUACAACGGGAAAGGAGGAGAGGAGAUCUAUGGCUUGGACACUCUGCAUAAAUUCUCAUGGGUGAAGUUGAUAUCCACGCUGUUUUCCUCCAUGUCUAACUCGUUUUCGUGGAGUAAUGACCUUCAGCUGUUCCUCAAUGUCAUCAAUGGCUGUGUUAUACUCCACUGUGAGGACACGGCUCUACUGAGGUUCUGUCUGGCCUCCCUCAUCAACACCUCCAGGAACUUCAAACACGUCUUCUCCAUGAAUGGGUUUAUGCAUGUCAUGCCCACACUUUUGAAGACAUACAGUAAUAAUCAACCAAACCCAGUGUUGUGUCAAGCCAUAGAGUUUGUCUGCAGACAGUUUUAUAUACUCCAUCGCAAGCCAUUCAUACUUCAGAUGUUUGGAAGUAUAGCCAACAUGUUGGACAUGACUUCCAAAGACACUGGAAUGAUAGACUGCAGGAAGAUACAACCUGGUUGUCUGUUUAAGCUGUUGCUCUCCCUAGAGAAACCAGACUGUGCUGACAAUUUGAGUAUCCUAGAAUUAGUGGACGGGAAAAAACCUCUCGAGGCGCUUGACUUUUGCUAUGAGAAUGACCCUGACAGACUGACCAUGAUUGAGGUCAUCAAUCUGUGUGUUACAGUUAUAGCUUAUGCCCCGGACUCAUUUAGGAGUGUUCAGAUGUUGACCAUCCUAGAAGUAGUGGUUUCUAAAUAUGUCCAGCAUGUCAAAAGUGAGACAAUCCGCGUAGAUAAACCACAUGCAGCUCAGGCAGAAGUGUCUGCCAUCAACGAUGUGGGAAUAGCCAUGCGGGCUCUCAUCAGCUCCUGUGAAUACUUUACCAGGAGUAUGGCGCUACCGAGACAGAUAGAGAAUGAGAAAGCUAACCCUAAAAAUGUGGCCAGUAAUCACUCGCCACUGGGAGGGACCAGUUACUAUGACGACAGAGAAGACUCCCACAUCAGUCGCCAUGUAGAGGAAGGGAGGAAGAAGCAAUAUACACAGGAGACAGAGGACACGGAACUGACCAACGAGUUCAGAAAGCCGCGAGACUUAUUCCUGAUGGUCAUCGCCGAGUUCUACAGCACCUGUCAGCCGCGACUGAGGAGUAACGAGCUCAGGAGGAUGUUAGUGGACGCUGCCUCACGACCUCCUACUGAGUUACUGGACCACAAAUCUCACAACAGAUUGGCAGAGAUAGCUAACACAUUGCUGAAGUUGGCCCCUUAUGAUCCCCAGACACUCAGCUGUACAGGACUUCAGAGGUACAUGAUGGAAAUACUACCACUGACAAACUGGAAGCAGGAAGCGGUGCGGCCCGGACUGAAUCUGAUCCUCCGACGCCUGGAUCGACUGUUUAACAAAAUCUCUAAAAAGUCCUCACUCAGGAGACAGGCAGACUGGAAUGCAGCAGCCAAUCUUCUACAAGGUGUAUAUUUGGCACUAAAGACAUUCCAGUACAUUGCCCAUUUACCCCACCUAAAGACGUUUGUCAAUGCCCUGCUGGUGAUUAUAUUGGCUGGUCCGGGGGCACCUGUUUUACCAGACACCUCCUCCGGAAUACACGGCAGCCAUCGCAGCGAGUUCGGUACGGUGUUCCAUAUCGUACCCCCUGCCUUUUGUUCAGCUGUGGUCAAACUGGUAGCCAUGCAGAUGCAAGCUCUAGGGGAUCAGUUUUCCCUUGAACAGAUCUGUGGAGGGAGUGUGUUUUCUUCACAUGAGAAGUGUAUCAACAUGCUGGUUAAUUUUAUUCUGCCUCUCUGUAUCAGACUGGGAUGUGCAAGGAGAGGUGACACCCCAAAGCUUCGAUCAGACAAUGUCUCCUUUGCCCUGACCGUGAUCCUGAAUAUUCUGUGUCCCCCCGCCAGAACUCCACAACAACAUCAACAGAACUCCACCGCAAAAUCUGUGAUCCACCACAUGUCGUUCACAGAGAAUCACAGAUGUAGCAGCUUCAGUCAGGCCGAUAAGAUUCACAGACCAGAAAAUCAGCUGCUCCUUAAUGUGGCCUACCUAGGUCUGGAGAUCUUGAUGGUCUGUUUUGAUAGAGUCCUGUCCUCCGAGUGGCACAAGGUUACAAAGGUCAUCCAGGAUAUAGGCAGUAAAGGAAAAGUGUCUUUACCGCUAUGGAGAUUUGUGGACUUUUUGGUCACCCACAGACCUUCAUGUUUCCUGAUGCUGCAGCCCUUCAUACUCUACAAGAUGAUGAAGAUAAACUGUGACACGGCCCAGGAGUACUACCUUCAGCAGGCCAUUAAGGACAAAAUGCAGGGGUUCUCCUUCUCCCAUCCCAAGUGUUCAGCCACGGUCUUACUGCAGCUGGCAGUGGACCUACAGCAUCUCAAGGAGGAGUUCUAUAAUGUGGGAGAGGUGCGUUCUCUGGAUGCUGAUCUCCCACACAACCAGUAUGAGCAGAGAGCCAGUGUAACGGACAUCGCCAUUGAUUUGAUUGGAUUAUCUCUCGGACCAACACUAGCAGCGGGUGGAAAAUUCCCAAGUGCGACUAUUUUGUCCCAGCCGAGUUCUGGUACGAGUCCUCCGUUUAAGGCGACAGCUGUGACCUCCAGUAUAGAGAGUGAUAGUCCCACACACACCAACACCAAGGCCAGUCGACGAAUCUCCGCCAAGGAAAACCUCAGUAUUCUGGAGAGAUUUCGUAAACCAACAAUGGAUGACAUGUCACCACUGGAUUCCUCUGGCCCGGAGGUUUGUUCGUUGUCCAGACAGCCCGCUAUUUAUAGAUCUACUGACACUGUGUCCAGACAGAGUAGUAUAGACGAGACGAUACCCCCCGCUGUCAUGUACCACGCCAAUGAACUUGAAACACCCAAUGGACUCGCCAAACAAACAAUCAGCCCAGAUCUAGAUCCAAAGAUACAUCGUCUACAAAGGCAGGAUGUAAGAAGCAGAAAAACAUUUAAGCGCAAAAAGGCGACAAAAGCCCCAAGCAUGAAGCGACUGGGAGGUGUGGGAGAUGAUCUUAGUGAAGGUGAGGCCGGGAGUUCCGAAAGUUCUCCCGCUCGUAGAACCUACAGCAUGCGACGCACAAAUCACGACAGCAUCUCUACCUACCAAGACAGAUCUGGUUAUGUCAGGGAGAUUUCCCGCAGUCACCAGGGAUUUACGUCACACCCUGGAUUUCCUGAGAUGUCCCGCACAGUGAACACGCGGUCCAGCUGGGGCAGUGGUUCGGAAAGGAGUCGAGCCCAGCAUCGGGGCGGCUUAGCCCAGUCUGAACACGGCCCACAUACUGCCAGGGGGGAAGUCAAGACUAAUAGACAGAGGUACAUACAGCGCUCCAAAUCACACGACGAUCCUCACGGUGACCAACAUGCCCCGUCUGGUUCGGCCCGAGGAAGAAUCGCGCGACAAGGGGGUCGAAUUGUCCACUCCCGCUCUCCAUCCUCCAGCCCCGCCAGGGGUUCAAGGCCACCUCUAGACUGGACCACCAGAGCUCAACGAGAACCCAUAGACGAGACCAUCAUAGCUCAAAGAUUGCCAGGAGAUGAGACAACUAGAGCUCAGAGAGAACUGUUAGACAGAACAACCAGAGCUGUAUCUGGGACCCAGAACUCACAAUCACAAGGCGUUACCUCCCCAAUAGUGAGACGCCCAGCUAAGAGGGUCAAAUCUCCGACGUCACCCCCGCUGGGCUACAGGAUGAGCUCCCCUCCCUCGAGUCCGAUCCACAGGAGCCAGGCCUACAUCUCGCGCUACGACUCCAGUGACUCACUCAAUGCCAACGAGAGCUCCGCCCUCAUCAAAGACGGAAAUGACUCGAGUCGAUCGCAGUCCUCAGUCUGUAUCUACUUCGAUGACUUUGGGAUCAAAGACACAUUGGUUUAAACACAUGACUUAGGAAAUUCAUAGAUUUGUAUGAACGGUUGUUGUUUUUGUGUUGUGUGUUAAGGGUUGGUGUUAAACCUUUAGAUAGAUUUGUUCUAGGCUAGUCAGAGCAUGAUACAAACAUGGUAGAACUUAGUUGAUGUUUACCAUACUUAUAGACAUUGUUUUCUCAGAUUAUAAACACUGAAUUCAAAAACAAAAUGUCAGCAUAAUUAGGAUUAUCCCAAAAAGAUUUGUUUUGUCAGCUAACAAAAGUAUCACUUUGGUUAUAGUUAUGAAGACAAAUAUUCACUAUUCUCUUAUACUUGAAAUUUUACCCUUAAGGGGGCCGACUAUAGUUUUAUUGUGUGAAAACUACAACAGCGAAACUCUUCAUAUUUAUACCAUAUAUAACUUACAUUAACUUCAGUGUACAUGCAAAGUUUGGGGGAAAUCUACCGUCCAGGUAUUUUUGAGGGACCGUCUCAAAAUUCAGGUACAUUUACUACAGGAUUAUAUAGGAAAAUGCCAAUUUUUAGCACUUUAAAGCAAAUUAUACAAAUACUACAAUAGACAUUUUGUUCAAACUAUAAUAUUUGAUGAGUAAUACUAUGUUAUACAAUAUAUGUAAGAAACACAAAAUUCUACCGUCUUGUUACCAGAGGGGGCAUCUCAAAAUGCAAAAAUUAGCAAAUUUUACUAUUUUUAGAGAGUAUUAGAAAAUAUGACGUACACAAUGGAUUCAUAUGAAAACAUAAUAAAAAUAUUGGAGAAUUUCUCAAAUUUCUAUGUUUUAAAUUUCAAGAGCGUAUGUUUAUUACUUUUUCUUUAAUAAUAUUUUUAUUACCCCUUUCUUUAAGAGCUACAGAUUAUCAUAACGUCAAAAACACACUGCAACGACGUCAACCUAUCUAUUAAUUGCAAAAUCGGUUAAAAAUCAGUUAUAUCUAAUUGUAAUUACAUUUUUAUAACUAUAAUUUCUUAAUUUUGUUUAAUUUUAAUGAUUAAGCGAAAAAAGUUGCAUUAAAACAGUAAAUACGCUUCAUUUUACUAUGAUGCGCGAAAUAUUGCGCAAUGGAAACUAUAGUCGGCCCCCUUAAAUGGGGAAUUUGUAAAUCCAGUGGAAUUAAAGACACAUAUCAACUGAUUUUUUUACUUCGUUAUGUAAAGUUCAGUACUAUUUUUUAUAAUAUUCAGCAUCAAUAUCAUGUGAUGGUAGUGUUUCACAAUUUUUAAAUCAACAAAGAACCAAAAUAGCUCGUACAAUUCAGAAAACAAGAGUAUUUGAUUAUUUUUGUCACACUUUGCUGGACGAUUAUCAAGAUUGUUUUAGUUUUGUGCCAAAGUACUUGCAGUGCAAUAUUUUUACAUACUGAGUUUAUCUGAAUUUAUUUGUUAUACAGAACAUUAUCAUGUUAUCUUGUUUUUAAUUAACAUUCAAUACUACUGAUUGUUUUGUGAAACUGAUACUGUAAACCGACUUUUAUUUGAGUGCGAGAAAUUUCCGCGAAGUUCGCGAGAGUCUGGUAAUCGCGAAUAUUUCUCGCCGCGAACCAGUCCUUAAAGUUUCUUUGUCUAUUAAACAGAUCAAAAAAGGCUUGAUUGCGAAAAUUAAUCGUCGCGAACUAGUUUAACCCUGGUAAAUCCCGAAAUAAAGUCCUCGCGAAUAAAAGUUGGUUUACAGUAUUUUAUGGUACAUGUAUUACCAGGGGUAUAUUGCCGUCUAAAAUUUGUUUUGUAAUCAACGCAUCAAAAUGUCAAUGAUUCUGAUUUUACAGUGAACACUUGACAAAUUUUUGACAAGACCAUACAGCAAUUUGCUGUGGCAUACAAAUAAAGAAUACCUAAAGGUUGUAAUCAAUGGCAUGGCGGAUAAGUGGAAAUUUUAGCGAGACGCAAAUUUAGCGAUUUGUUCUUAAAAAGUGGUAUUUUGAUUUUAGCGCGAUGUAAUUUUAGCGAUUUUAAAAAGCUCACUAAAGAAGCUAUUACAAAAAAAGGGCAAUAAAUUUUUAGCAAUAUUCAAUUUUAGCAAUCUUGGCACCCUCGCUAAUAAUGCCAAAAUUAAAUCCUCGCUAAAAAUUCUACUUAUACGGUAAAUAGAUUUCAAAUAAACAUAACACAAGUUUCAAAAUGAUGAAGAUAGACCAUUAUUCUAAUUGAAGCAUUUACAUCUUGUAUCAGUAUUGUUGGUUUAGAAUAAAAUUUGUUUUCCAGAUCA